CGGAGCAUUUACGGAACGCUGAGAAACAGACUCUCCGCCACGGGUCAACAGCACAUCAAGAUACGAGUGAUACAAGAAUCCAAAAAGCCAUGAGACCAUCCAUAUAAAAUCCACCCACCUCCAUUUGGAAAAUAACUUGUGGGAUCAUCCUUCUCUCUCGCCCAUCGCCAAUCUCUCUCCCAUUCGGGAGUUCGUACCGUUCAUCACCAUGUUUUCCCAGCUCGCCGCCCUCGCGGCCUUCGCCGGCUCCAUUGCCGCCCAACAAGUCGGCAAAGAGACGACCGAGACGCAUCCCAAGAUGACAUGGCAAAAGUGCACCGCCAGCGGCUCGUGCAGCAACGUGAACGGCGAGGUCACCAUCGACGCCAACUGGCGCUGGGUGCACGACAAGAACGGCUACACCAACUGCUACACCGGCAAUACCUGGAACACGACGAUUUGCAAGGACGGCAAGUCGUGUGCGUCCAACUGUGCUGUCGAUGGCGCUUCUUACGCGUCGACGUAUGAUGCUUCGACUAGCGGGAAUGCUUUGACGUUGAAGUUUGUGCAGAAGGGGGAUUACUCCACCAACAUUGGUUCUCGUCUGUACAUGAUGGCCAGCGCCGCCAAGUAUCAGAUGUACACUCUGCUUGGUAACGAGUUCACCUUUGACGUGGACGUCUCAAAGCUUGGCUGCGGUCUCAACGGUGCCCUGUACUUCGUCGCCAUGGACGAAGACGGCGGUUUAUCCAAGUACUCCGGCAACAAAGCCGGCGCCAAAUACGGCACCGGCUACUGCGACGCCCAAUGCCCGCGUGACUUGAAGUUCAUCAACGGCGAGGCCAACGUAGGCGACUGGAAGGAGUCCACCAACGACCCCAACGCCGGCGUGGGCAAGUACGGCUCUUGCUGCACCGAGAUGGAUAUCUGGGAAGCAAAUAGUGCAUUCCCUACUUGA